AUGGCGCGCUUUUCAGAGUGCCAUGCCCAGAUCGGGAAACCUGGGCGUCGCUAUGAAUGGAUUCCGAGAAUGACGCGAUGGUUCCGAUGCACUAUGGAGGGGGCUCACACUAUUGCUCACUAUCUUUGCUGGUACUAUCUUUGCUGGUACGAACAGGGCAGUACAGGAUGCAGGUGCCGUGCUGUUGUCAGCUCAUCGUCGAGCGCGGCAUUGGACAAUGAGGGCACACCCCGAGAGAUGGUAAUCUUAUCAAAAAAGACGAAUGAAGUCCAAAUACCCAAUGAAAUAUUCGACGCCGUCCUUAGAUUUCUUCCUCACAGUUUGCUGUAUAUUCUCCGCCAAACGUCACGAGGAUUUCGCCAAUAUAUAGACAACGAUCCUGUCUUUGGCAAAUUUCAGACCCUGAGCCGUUGGCACAGAACAGUGACGGCCAUCGUUCGAGACAGUCGCGAGAUAUAUGCAUCUAUACGCCGCCAAACUCUAUGCAAUGAGUGCCGUGCCCUAAGUACAAAGGAACUACGGGAAUGGCUGAUAUCCUUAUGCGAGCCGAGGAGGUGCACCGGCUGUAAGAAGGACCAUACUGGAAUCUUCUUUCCCGCAAACGGUAGGAAAAGAAACAAAUGUGUUGGGUUGCUCGGCCAUUCAGAUGUAUGCUCUCAUCGGCGGCUCAGGUUUCAAAGGAGGCUCUCCAACCUUUGGACCCAGUACCCCAUCUACGAUCGCUACAUAGACAAAUCACAUACUUCUUUCGACACGAGUGAUGCGGAUCCUGACCUCGUUUCACUGCAGUCAAGCCGUAGUUAA